CCUAUUCGCAUCGGGGGGAAAGGAGUGAAGACGCAGCGACGGCUAGGGUUGUCGCGCCGCCGCCGGACCCAACCUCGCCGGCCAGGCCCUUGCCGCCGCCGCCCGCCUGGCCCUUGCCGCCGCAGGCCAGGUUCCCGCCGCCGCCGCCCGCCUUAUCUCCCUCCGCCGCCCCUCUUCCUUCGCUGCUCGUCGUCCCCUCCGCCGUGUCUCCACCAACACCGACGGCCACCGGCGCUGCACCUCGGCGGCCACUGACGGGCACCGUCGCUGCACCUCGACGGCCACGAGCAGCCCACGCGAGGAGCAGACCACACCCACGAUGGAUAAAUCCAGAAAGAAACAAGAAGAAAAGGAAUUUGAGGCGGCCAUGGUUGCAUUUGCUAUGGAUGUGGCGUCGUCAAGUGUGACACUGCCGUACGCACCAAGAAAGUUACAUCUUGUUACAGGCCUCCAAUGGGUAGAAGAGAAGGAGAAAGAUGCAAAAUCUUUCUAUGCUAUGUUCAGAAUGAGGAGGUCAGUGUUUCGCACAUUGCAUGAUCUGUUAGUUCAGAAGUAUGGGCUUGAGUCAACUUCCAACAUUUCAUCCAAAGAAGCAUUGGCACAAUUUUUAUGGACCAUGGGUACAUGUCAGACAACUGAUAAUAUCGCAGAUCGGUUUGCACAUAGUCGUUCUGUCAUUAAUAAAAAAUUCCACGAGGUUUUGGAGUGUGUAGACCGCAUGGCCGGUGAUUACAUAAGACCAAUUGAUCCAACUUUCUCUGAACCACACCCAAUACUUAGAAAAACAAAGUUUUGGCCUCACUUUCAACAUGCUAUUGGAGCCAUUGAUGGAACACACAUUAAGGUGAUUGUGCCAAAGGAGUUGGAGCCCCAACACAGGAAUAGGAAAGGUUACACAAGUGAAAAUGUUAUGGCAGUGUGUGAUUUUGAUAUGAGGUUCACGUUUGUUGUUCCCGGAUGGCCCGGAUCUGUUCAUGACACACGUGUAUGGAGCGAUGCCAUAGUUCGUUAUGAUCACUUUCCACAACCCCCCACAGAUAAAUAUUAUCUUGUCGACUCCGGAUAUCCAAACAGGGUUGGAUAUCUAUCUCCAUACAAAGGGCAACGAUACCAUGUACCAGAUUUCCAACAACACCCACCAGUUGGGAGAUACGAGACAUUCAACCAUUGACAUUCUUCAUUGCGAAAUGUCAUCGAAAGAACAUUUGGUGUUCUCAAGAUGAAAUGGCGAAUUCUUGGAGAUGGAGGCAUACCUCGAUACAAACCGGAGACCCAAAAGAUGAUUGUCACUGCAUGCAUGUGUCUCCACAAUUGGAUUCGUGAUAGCAAGUUACGUGAUGAGCAUUUUGACAAGUUCGACAAUGAUGCAUAUGUGCAACCUCCAUUGCCGUUUACAGGUGCCAAUGCUCUACCACCAGAAGAUGAUGGUACCAUGAACGCAGUACGCGAGGCGAUUGCUGCUAGUCUCAUACCUUGAGAUUAUCUUUUUUUUAGUUCAUCCACUUUUGUAAUGAACAAAUCUUUAAAUCCAUUCUAAAUGUAAUAUUUAGCACUUUUUAUGACAUUCGGAAAUCACUUUCGUACUCAUAUUCAACUAGAUACUGUUAGAAACAACAAGGUGUUAAUAAAUUCAUCAAACAUUUUCUGUCUAAGGGUA